AGGGCAUUUAUUCAUUUCGACAAAGUUUAUGACAAAAUGCACUUGUAAAUCUGUAACGUAUCGUGCAAAAUGGCUGUAGCUGAUAGAAAUACGCUAACACGAGCCUGGGAGUCCCUGGACUACGAGCCCUCACUUCCUGUUUCAGAGAAGUCCAACCCCCUGAGCCGGGACUUAGACAGAGCGUCGGCCAAUCAGAUCGUGAGGAUCCUGCAGGCCUGUGAUAUGCAAAUGUUUGAAAAAGAAGACUGCAAUGGACAUUACCAGAGGAUUUUGAGUGACAGUGUGCUGAAAACUGUGAUGGAGGUUGCCCUAAGAGUGGAGACAAUUAUCAAGGAUCCAGAGAACAGUCUUGUGGUGCUCAGUGGAUGUGGAACUUCUGGCCGAUUGGCUUUUCUUAUUGCGACAACUUUUAACAAAGCACUGAAGGAACUGAACAAGCAGCCAGUGUAUACUUACACUAUCGCAGGAGGAGACAGAGCUCUUUUCACCUCACAAGAAGCACCUGAAGACGACCCUACACUGGGCAUGCUCUGUCUAAAAGAGGUCUGUGAAGGAAAGAAACAUGUCUUGUAUAUUGGCAUCUCUUGUGGUUUAUCAGCUCCGUUUGUGGCUGGUCAGCUUGACUUCUGCCUUCAGCAUCUUCAAGUCUACACUCCAGUUCUGAUAGGCUUUAAUCCAGCCAAUCAGGCCAGAUCAGAUCCAAUCCAAGGCAGCACAUUCACUUUCUACGACAUAGUGCAGAGGAUGCAGGCGGCAGCUACACACCAGAAGGCUUUCCUCAUCAACCCUGCAGUGGGGCCCGAAGCCGUCAGUGGCUCCUCCAGGAUGAAAGGGGGCAGCGCGACCAAGAUCCUCCUGGAGGUGAUCACGCAGGCGGCUCACGGUGCUGCCUUUGCACAACGACCCAUCACUCUACAGUCUAUACGUGAUCACAUGGACGUGUACGUUAAAUGUUUGGAUGUGACUUACGCCCGACCUGAACACAUGGCUGCAAUGAUACAAUCUGCUGGGGAAAGUUUACAGAGUGGCAGAUGCGUGUGCUAUCUCGGAUGGGGCCGUCUUGGUGUACUCAGUUUGAUUGACGCUAGUGAGUGUGUCCCUACGUUUGGAGCAGGCUGUGACGAUGUCCGAGGUUACAUCAGCGGAGGGUACAGUGCAUUAGACAACAAAGAAGGACCCCUGACUUCUCUCGGGUCUGAUUUUUACAUCUCCCAUGAAGACUUCUUGAGCACAGUCCUGCCUUCGCUAAAUGACAAAGAUACUGUCAUUUUAAUCUACACUGAGUUUGAUGACCAAAGUGAAGUAUCCAAGAUGGCUGCCAGAGUGAAAGAACAGAACUGUAAGCUUCACAUGAUUGUACACCGGACUGAAGAGGGCGCUGCUGUGGAAAAAGUUGGAAUCAAUAUUUCACGUGGUUCAGACACCUUACAAAGAAUGCAGUGGGAGCUAAGCACUAAACUAAUGCUGAACAGUAUUAGCACUGGAGCACAUGUUCUGAAGGGAAAGAUUUACCAAAACUACAUGAUCGAUGUGCAAGUCACCAACAGCAAACUGUACCAAAGAGCCACGCGAUUACUGCAGAAAUUUUCUGGUCGUUCUGAAAUCCAAUGUCAAGAAGCCUUAUUGAAAGCCGUUUAUGCAAAGGAAGAACUGAAUGACAGUAUUGCUCUGAAGGAUGUCUGUGCUCAUGCGAAAAGAGCCUCAAGAAGAACAAAAGUUGUUCCUCUGGCCUUGGUGUGUCUGCUCACUGGCUGCUCAUUGGUCGAGGCGGAAUCAAAUUUGGAGAAUCAGCCAAUCAUAAGAGACGCAGUGACAGCGUGUCUAUUACAGAACACAGUCUGA